ACCCAGAUCCGAUCCAUUUUGCAAGCCUUUGCAGAAAACACGCCGACCGCCGCCCCUCGUUUUCCCACCCCUCUUCUGAAGGAACAUCACGGCCGUUGAUCUCUCCAACUAUUUCGGUCUUCCCCCAGCCGGCCAGGAAAAAAAUCUUAAAAGUUCUUCUUGUUGAUUGCCUGGGCGAGAUUUUUGGUUGCUAUGGCUGAUGAGGAGCUUGUUGAUCCAAAGAAAUAUCUUGAAGAAUCUUGCAAGCCAAAGUGCGUAAAAUAUUUGCUUCAAUAUCAGGCAUGUGCGAAGAGGAUUCAAGGAGAUGAAACAGGGCACAAACACUGUACAGGCCAAUACUUUGACUACUGGAGAUGCGUUGAUAACUGUGUCGCGCCAAAGCUCUUUAAGAAGCUCAAAUGAUUCUUGGAGGUUGCUGAUGUAGUUUCACUUUUCUGAUUAUUCUUGAUCCUUGAAUUGGAAUGCAAUGUUAUAGUUCCUGACCAUCUGCAUAAAACCCUUAAUAGCUGUACAAGUCCCUCUAUCUGAACCGGAAUCAAAUGAAACCAAAGAUAGUUUUUUUUUGCUAUCUUGGGACAUUUUUUUUGUGUUUCAUCAAAUAAAAAGACUGUCUAAAGAGACUGUUUGUUGCUA